AUGUGUGUGAGACUGGGCUGCCAAUCCAAGACCUUCGUGGCGCUUCUGGUUCUGGCUGCAGCCGUGGCCCAAAUCCGUGGACAAGGUCCAAGGGAACGUCACAGCAUCAGUAAGAGGACGCUGGACCCAGACAGGGGCUCAUCAACACUGGACACAGAGAGCGAUCUCCAUGCUGUCACCACUGUCUCACCAGUGAACAUCCCCAACCACCAGCCCAUCUUCAAGGGCCUGCUGCUACAUGAGCACCUACUUACAAGGGACUUCCAGGGGGACCAGCACUUUUUUAGGAGGGAUGGCUCCGUGGCUGCAUAUUCCACCAUGCCGGGCUCUGUGUCUGCCUCAGAUGCAGGAGACCCUGUCACUCAGCUGGUGCCCCAUGAGGAUGCCCCGGCCUUCUCAGACAUUGCCACCACUGCUACUGCGGCUGCCACCUCCCCGCUGACCACGUUUUCUCCCACGACGCCAAGGCCGCCCAUGUCUCUCCCUCAAAAGAAGGCCUCUAAGGAGAAGACCGUGGGGGGGGACAAGGUGGUGCCAACAACAGACUCCCUCACCACUCAAGUGACACCAAACAAUAGAGGUUCAGCCAGUAAAAAUAACCCAGCGGCUUCCUUGUCCUCACAGAGAGGCAGACCUCAAAGUUGGAGUGCUUUCCCUGCAGAGACCACCCUUGCACCCUCCUCAAUGAGGAUGGAGAAAGGUGAAGCUAGGGAGACAGCAGUGAAAAACAAAACCGGCCCAGACCAUCCACCCCCCAACCCAAAUUCAGCAUACCGAGAAGAGGGUACCACUAUGACGGCUACAACCGUUACAACAACUACCACCAUCACCACCAUGCAAACAGCAGAGCCAUGCAGUCUGAAUUUCACUGACCCUGAGGGUAACAUCGAAAUCCUGCAGCAACUUGACUCUGGAGUGGAGUGUAACUACUUGGUUACCGUCUAUCUGGGAUAUGGCAUUGAGGUUCAGGUGCUAAAUGUGAGCGUGUUGGAGGGAGAGCAGGUGACGGUGGAGGAUACGGGCGGCAGAGAACCCUUCAUCCUCGCCAACGAGUCAGUCUUGAUGAGGGGCCUCGUGCUUCGCAGUUGGAGCAACCAGAUCUCCAUCCGUUUUCGUAGCGACCAGCAGCACAACUCUGGUUUCCUCCUGCUGCAUUAUCAAGCCUUCGUGCUGAGCUGCGCAUUCCCCAAAGAGCCAACAGGCGGGGAAGUCUCUGUGACGCACCUCCACGCCGGCGGGGAAGCCUACUUCCGCUGUUUCACCGGCUACAAGCUGCAAGGCCCCAAAAUGCUCACCUGUCGCAAUGCAACCACACCUUACUGGAGCGGAAAGGAGCCCCGAUGUGUGGCAUCCUGUGGAGGAAUGAUAAAAAAUGCCACCAGCGGUCGUAUCGUCUCUCCCGGUUUCCCUGGCAACUACAGCAACAAUCUGACAUGCCACUGGGUCCUGGAGGCCCCCGAAGGUCACCAGCUCCACAUUCACUUUGAGAAGGUGGCUCUGGCAGAGGACGAUGACAGGCUGCUGAUUAAGAAUGGCAACAACAUAGACUCUCCCCCUGUGUACGACUCCUAUGAGGUAGAGUAUUUGCCUAAUGAGGGUGUGCUCAGCACUGGACGUUACUUGUUUGUCGAGUUCACCACAGACGGGACCGUAACCUCCACCGGCGCAGCCAUCAGAUACGAAGCUUUUGCAAAAGGUCUGUGCUAUGAGCCCUUUGUGAAGUACGGCAACUUCAGCAGCAGCGACUCCAGCUACAGUGUGGGUGCAGUGGUCGAAUUCUCAUGCGACCCCGGCUACACGUUGGAGCAGGGCUCCGUCGUGAUUGAGUGCGUGGACGCACAAAACCCACAGUGGAAUGAGACCGAGCCGGCAUGCAGGGCUGUGUGCAGUGGGGAGAUCACAGACUCUGCCGGUGUGGUGUUGUCUCCUAAUUGGCCUGAGGCCUAUGACAAGGGGCAGGAUUGCAUCUGGGGUAUCCACGUGGAAGAGGACAAGAGGAUCAUGCUUGACAUCCAAGUUCUCCAUGUUGGCAAGAAUGACUUGCUGACCUUCUAUGACGGUGAUGACCUGACAGCGAACAUCCUGGGCCAGUACAGCGGCACACGGCCGCACUUCAAGCUCUACACCUCCAUGGCUGAUGUCACUAUUCAGUUUCAGUCCGAUCCUGCCACCAACAUCUAUGGCUACAACAAUGGCUUCGUGGUCCACUUCUUUGAGGUGCCAAGGAACGACACCUGCUCUGAGCUGCCCGAGAUCACCAACGGCUGGAAGAGCACGUCCCACCCCGACCUCAUCCACGGCACCGUCAUCACCUACCAGUGCUACCCUGGAUACGAGCUGGUUGGCUCCGAGAUCCUCAUGUGCCAGUGGGAUCUCACCUGGAGCGGUGACGUGCCGAGAUGUGAGGAAGUCAUGAUAUGUCCGGACCCUGGAAACGUGGAGCACAGUCAUAAAGUGCUCACAGGCAGCCGCUUCAUCGUUGGCUCGACGGUGCAGUUCAUCUGCAAUAAAGGCUACGUCCUGUCCGGCAACAGCCUCCUCACCUGCUACAACCGAGACUCAGCCACACCCAAGUGGAGCGAGAGGCUGCCCAAGUGUGUCCCUGAAAAGUACGAGCCGUGCAGGAACCCUGGCGCUGCCUCCACCAGCGUGCAGAGCUCUGAAAAGGCCUUUUACCAAGCCGGAGAGAUGCUGACCUUCUCCUGCCACUCGGGCUACGAGCUGCACGGCGAGGCCACCAUCUACUGUAUCCCUGGACACCCAUCACAGUGGAACAGCACUCCCCCCGCCUGCAGAGCAUCCUCAGCCCAAUAUGUGAACGAACGCAGGCUCGAUGUUGUUAAUAUGGAUUAUGGAAUGGAGGGCACCAAUAUUGCCCUUGCAGUUUUAAUUCCGACUGCAAUCAUCUUGGUGGUUGUCCUCGGGAUUUAUGUCUACUUUGCAAAACUCCAAGGGAAGUCUAUCAGAAUGCCAACAUCCUCGCCACCGUAUGACAACAUGACAGAAGAGUCGGCUUUCGACAACCCCGUGUAUGAGAGCGGAGUAAGUACAGAUGUCAUGAGCAUGCAAGACGUGGAUUCACAGAACACCAGUGUGCUGUCCUGAUCCUCUCCCAUCUGGCCGUCAUCCUGCCGUCAUCUCAUUGUCUCACCAGCAGAGGGCACCCUCCACCUCAUCCGUCAUCAUCAGUGAGACCUAGUGGUCUAGCUAAUGAUGUUGCUCAUCAGAACAUCAAGAAGGGACACCUCUCCUCACCCCACUGUGUGCUCAUACAUCAUUUUCUCAUUAUCCACCUGGAAGAGUGACAGUGGCAUGUUAGGCUUGCAGUGCAUCAUUCACAUUGUGGUACGUCAUCUCUUAUCCAUGUAAUAUGACAGUAUUGUGCAUGCUGCAAUCACACCAGGUGUGUAAAUACACAUUAGCUGGUCUAAAUUGAUCUGGUCUGUUUUAAAAAAUACAGUAUUAUUAAUUCAUAGAUGUUUAUCAUUUGCUGUGGAAAAUGAAAAGUCAUGUCUUGUUCGUGGUUAUUUUCAAACACUGGUCUCUUUUCACCCCGCUCCUUCAGCACUGGCAGUCUCACUCUAGAUACUAAACCGUGUCAGUCUGUCCAGCUUGGCUGUACUGCUGCAGAACUAAGAGGUGAGAUCUACAUCUGAUGCUGAGGCCACAUCUCACUCACUGGCACCUGACCCUACCGCCACAAAGUUUUGACUACCUCUCCCAGCAUGCCGCACAUUCUGAAGUGGUUUCACCGCAGAGCUUCAAUCGGUGCUCUGUGGACACAGUUUUCUACAGAUGACCCAAUCAUUCUGCCCUCUCAUCUAAUUACACAUGAUGUGGAAAACCACAUUUCUGUAUUUACAGACCACGCUAAGUACAGUAUACAGAACCGCUGGCUGUUGAGGAUUUGAAACACACUUCUUUUGCAGUCAUGACACGUUUGGCCUCUUGUGAGAUAUAAAUCAUAUUCGGUUACAAAAUUAAUGGAUAAAAGAUUUGAAAGAUUUCAAGAAUACUUACCUGAAUGAAAACUCUUGACCUCACCAAGUAUCUGACUUUUUUCACUUAAAGACACCCCUCUGCCCCGUUGCAUCUCUGUUAUUGUGAUAUUUCAGUAAAGUUCAUAAUAUUGUGAUGUCAUGGUACAAUAACAACUGUAAUCCAAUACUGUAUCAGUAAUUGUAACAUCUAUA